GAUUUUGUUUUGUGUUUAUAUACAGUCUAGAACUUCUUCAAGAACUCCCAACGAUUUUGCCUUAAUCUGUAUAAAAAUGUGAUCUUUGACCCUUGGUUUAUUUAAUCUAGGCUUAAAGUUCGAUAUUCUUUGUUGUUUUCAAGUUGCAGUGCAAGAAUAUCUAAAUUAUAUAUCAUGAAACAGAGUUUUUCUACCAUCAAAGUGCGAAAUGUAAUAAAGAAAGUUACAGUCAUAGGUGGGGAAUCAUGGGAAAUGGUAUAACUCAGGUGAAAAUUAUCACAUGUGAAUUUUAUUACUGUGUGAUUCGCCUUUUCUUUCAUCUUUAUUUAGAUAGCAGCUCAAGCAGGUAACGAAGUAAUACUUGUGGACGUGGAUGAAAAAAUUCUCAACAAAGCCCUACAUGCGAUCAAAACUAACACGAGUCGUGUAGCUAGAAAACGAUUUAACGGAAAUCAAAACCAGAUGAAACCUUUUGUGGAGCAAACUAUGAUGAGAAUAGCAUUGUCCACAGAUGUUAAAUCGGCAGUACAAGACACAGAUUUGGUUGUCGAAGCCAUAGUUGAAAAUACCAAGGUUAAACAAGAACUAUUUGAGAGUCUAGAUUCAAGUGCUCCCCAAACAGCCAUUUUUGCUACAAAUACAAGCUCUUUGAGUGGUACAGAAAUCGCAUCUUUGACCAAUAGGAAGGAUAAAUUUGGAGGAUUACACUUUUUCAAUCCAGUGCCAGUUAUGGAAUUGGUUGAGGUAGUUAAGACUGAAGAAACUUCAGAAAAUACCUUUAAAUUGCUUUGGGACUGGGCAAAUUCUCUUGGAAAAACUUGUAUUGAAUGCAAAGAUACUCCAGGAUUUGUUGUUAAUAGACUAUUGAUUCCUUAUCUUAAUGAAGCUAUCCGCAUGGUAGAAAGAGGGGAUACAUCUGUGGAAGAUAUAGACCUUGCGAUGAAAUUGGGGGCAGGACAUCCAAUGGGGCCCUUUCAACUCGCAGAUUACUCAGGUCUCGACACCGCCUUGGCAGUGAUGAAUGACUGGCAUAGAAGAUUUCCUAAAAAUAUUGCGUUUAAUCCAACAGAGAUGAUGAUAAAAAUGGUAAAGGAGGGAAAAUUUGGUGUAAAAAGUGGUGAAGGGUUCUACAAAUACAAAUAAUUAGAGAUGUUCAUUA